UUCAGUGUCGAACGCAACGCAGCGCGCACCGGAGAGUCGUCCUCGUACCACCUGAUUCGCAUGUCCCAAAACGCAAGGCUGCAGGGGACAAAAAGGUCGGCUCUGGUGCCUGAAAUUAGCAGCGAUCGGGUCCUCGGAUCCGCCUGAGUCUUCACCUAGAGAGAGGAAGAGAGAAAGAGAGAGAUAAAAGGAGAGAUGUGGGUGUUCUACCUGAUCUCCCUGCCGUUGACGGUGGGGAUGGUAAUUUUGACUCUCAAGUACUUCCACGGACCGGAGGUACCUCGCUAUGUCCUCCUCACCGUCGGAUACACCUGGUUCUGCUCUCUUUCCAUCAUCAUCCUCGUCCCUGCCGAUAUCUGGACCACAAUACACGAGAUCAAGAAUGGAGGCAUUUCUUUCUUUUGGAGCUGGUCAUAUUGGAGUACGUUUUUACUAACUUGGGCUGUGGUGCCCCUUAUUCAGGGUUUUGAAGAUGCUGGAGAUUUUACUAUGAAAGAGAGACUGAAGACUAGUGUUCAUGUUAAUCUAGUCUUCUACCUGAUCGUUGGAUUGAUUGGCCUUUUUGGACUUAUUCUUCUCAUUAUGAUGCACAAGGAUUGGAAAGGAAGUGUUCUGGGUUUUGCAAUGGCCUGCUCCAAUACUUUUGGACUGGUUACUGGUGCUUUUCUCCUUGGCUUUGGUUUGAGCGAAAUUCCCAGAAACAUUUGGAGAAAUGCAGAUUGGACAACCCGCCAGAAAGUCCUUUCCCAUAAAAUUGCUAAAAUGGCUGUGAAGCUUGAUGAUGCUCAUCAAGAUCUUUCAAACGCUAUUGUGGUUGCUCAAGCAACAUCCACUCAGAUGUCGAAGCGUGAUCCUUUGAGGCCCUACAUGGAUGUUAUUGAUAAGAUGUUAUCUCAAAUGUUCAGGGAAGACCCAUCCUUUAAACCACAAGGUGGUCGAUUAGGAGAAAAUGAUAUGGACUAUGACACUGAUGAGAAGUCGAUGGCGACAUUAAGGCGUCAUCUUCGUGGAGCUCGAGAAGAGUAUUACCGAUACAAAAGUGAAUAUAUGACCUAUGUCAUGGAGGCCCUUGAACUGGAAGAUACUAUAAGAAACUAUGAAAGGCGCAAUUCUACUGGAUGGAAAUAUAUUUCAAGCUUCAGGCCUGCUCGGAGCGGAAAGUUAGGCUCUUUUAUUGAUAAUAUGGAAUUUCUUUGGCGCUGCAUACUAAGCAAACAAUUUAAGAAAGUUUUGGCUAUUGUGCUUGGUAUCAUGUCAGCUGCUAUUCUUUUAGCAGAGGCAACCCUACUUCCAAAAUUUAAUUUAUCUCUUUUCUCGAUCAUUAUAAAUUCUGUUCAGGGACAAGAAGUUCUUGUUCAGGUAUUUGCUUUUAUUCCUCUGAUGUACAUGUGCAUCUGCACAUAUUAUUCCUUGUUCAAAGUUGGCAUGUUGAUGUUUUACUCGCUAACACCAAGACAAACAAGUUCGGUCAACUUGCUUAUGAUAUGCUCUAUGGUUGCUCGGUAUGCUCCUCCAGUUUCAUACAACUUUCUAAAUCUUAUUCGCCUUGAUAAAAAGAGAGUAACUAUAUUUGAAAAGCGAAUGGGAAAUAUUGAUGAAGCUGUUCCGUUUUUUGGGAGUGAGUUUAACAGAAUCUAUCCGCUUAUUAUGGUUAUAUACACUCUUUUGGUUGCCAGCAAAUUCUUUGACCGUGUAAAAAACUUUUUUGGGAGCUGGAAAAGAUUUAGAUUUCAGAGUGAGGCAGAUGAUAUGGAUGGUUUUGAUCCUUCUGGAGUAAUAAUCCUGCAGAAAGAAAGAUCUUGGCUUGAACAAGGCAGCACAGUUGGUGAGCAUGUUAUCCCAUUGGCAAGGAAUUUUAACAACAAUGAUGUUGAGAUUGGCAGCAAUAGCACGGAAAGUACUUCUGUUGAAAUGAAAACAACAACCAGCCUAAUCAUCAACGGUGCAAAAGGAAGUGCAUCAAAACCUUUGAAAGAGGAAACCCGUAAAUAUGGCUCCAACAGAGAAGCCAUGAGCAACAAGUACUCGGCUAUGAGAGAGCAAAGCAAACAAGCCUCAACUAGUACAAAGAAGCCAGUGGAGCAGAGCAUUGCUUCUGCCAAGGUCUCACUGCUUGACGCUGGCAAACCUGACCUUAGUAACCCAACUGGAGGUUCAUCUUCUGGUCUGGCCUUAAAGUGGGAAUCUAUGAAAUCUGGUUUUCAAAAUUUCAAAGCAAACUUGGGGUCCAAAAAGUUUCAACCAUUGCGCCAAAUUCAAGAAACUAAUCUAAUGUCUCAUGUAUCCUCUUCCGAGUCACUUGAUGAAAUAUUUCAGAGACUGAAACGGCCAUCAGUGUCAGAUCAUAGGAGUUACAGUGAUGAGGAUGACGAAGAUGGGAUUGAAAUUAAGAAUUCUGGCUCUUCUAGAUGAUAUUCAACACCUGAUGCAAGUUUGUCACUGUUACAAGUCAGAAUUUAAGCUCUUAAAAUGUACAGGUCCUAAGUGAGGACUUAUACCUUGUUCUUGCAGUCCUCGGGCUCUGAAUAUUAUAUAAAAGCUUGGGAGGGUAUCCAACUCUGCAACUACGCAGGUUUGGAAUCAGCUAAGUAGUUUUCUCAGACUUUGACAGGAAAAAAUAGAAAUAUUCUGAUGUGUAAUAUAGGUGGAAAAGUUUAGGUAAAAAAAAACUGUUGGGGAAUUUUGUAAUUGAUUUAUAGAGCUGAAGCAUAUUUUGGUAAUUUGUUUCUCUUCCCCGGCUGGAAACUGAAGAACUUGUAAACAUGUGACGACCACAAUGGAAUUUCUUUUGUUUUACACCAAAUUUUAUGUUACGGUUUUUGAGGAUCA